AUGGGUUGUUCUCCUUUCUUCUGCUAUAAAAGUGGGGCAACACGCCAGCAAAUUUCUACGCAUACUGAAGACCUCCCUGGUGAUAUUAAUACAAUAAGAUACACUUAUAAGGAGCUAGCAAGGGCAACAGAAAAUUUCAACCCAUCCAACAAGAUUGGCGAGGGGGGUUUUGGAUCUGUAUAUAAGGGGCGGCUAAGGAAUGGAAAACUUAUUGCUGUCAAGGUGUUAUCUGUAGAAUCAAGACAAGGACUAAAGGAGUUUCUGAAUGAACUGAUGUCAAUUUCCAACAUAUCUCAUGGCAAUCUUGUCAGCCUUUAUGGCUAUUGUGUGGAAGGAAACCAGAGGAUCCUUGUCUACAAUUACCUUGAGAAUAAUAGCCUUGCUCAAACACUUCUAGGUUCUGGCCGCAGCAAUAUCCAGUUCAAUUGGAGAAGUAGAGUAAAUAUUUGCCUUGGUAUCGCCCGAGGAUUAGCAUACCUCCAUGAUGAUGUCAAUCCCCACAUUGUUCAUCGGGAUAUCAAAGCAAGCAAUAUACUUCUUGAUAAGGAUCUCACCCCCAAAAUUUCUGAUUUCGGUUUAGCAAAGCUUCUACCUCCAAAUGCGACACAUAUUAGCACACGGGUUGCAGGAACAUUAGGUUACUUGGCUCCUGAGUAUGCUAUUCGAGGACAAGUGACACGGAAGUCAGAUGUUUAUAGUUUUGGUGUUUUGCUUCUGGAAAUAGUCAGUGGGAGAUCCAACACCAGUUCAAGAUUACCCUAUGAAGACCAGAUACUACUGGAAAAGUUCCCAGAGGUUACCAAUGGGGUUCUCCUCUUGCAGACAUGGAUGUAUUAUGAGCAGGGAGAUUUGGCGAAAAUCAUAGACAGUUCUGCGGGUGAUGAUUUGGAUAUUGAACAAGCCUGCAGGUUCCUGAAAGUUGGACUUCUCUGUACACAAGAUGUCACAAGACAUCGACCCACUAUGUCAACUGUCGUCAGCAUGCUAACAGGCGAAAAGGAUGUUGACUCGGAGAAGAUCAGCAAGCCCGCUACAAUUAGCGACUUUAUGAACCUUAAGAUCAGGAGCAUGAGGAGAGAAAAUAACAUUGCUUUCGCUUCAUCCUCCACGUUGCUAUCCACUAUCAUGGCACACUCUUCUCCUUUGUUGUCGCAAGAGACGACACAAGCCUCCAUCACAUUCACCACAAUAUCAGAGCGUGAGUGA